AAGAAUGCCGUUACAGGCAUAUGUUCCAGGGCACUUUCACGGGUAGAAGACAGUGAAAACACGAGUUACGGGUUGUCUGGAACGCAGCAUUAGCCUCUAGGCCUCUUUAUGCAGUUUAUGGUUUAGCCCAAAGUUGCACGCGUUGCCUAGCAACAGGGUGUCAACCUCUUUUUCCACAACACUAAACUUAGCUAGCUACGGUCUUGUUUUUCUGGUCGGCUGUCAUGCUAAUUAUGAAUCUUGAACUUGCCCUUUAGUUUGAAAAAUAAAAACAAACAGGUCACAGAAUGGGAAAGAAAGUUAAGAAGGAGAGCGAAACUCCAUGCAAGGAAACGUUACAGUUUGAGCCACUACCUGUUGAGGCCAAAACUCCAGCAACAGUAGUGCUGCUGCUGAGCUGCCCAGAGGAGGACAUCCUAGUCAAAGCCUGUGAAGCAAUCCACAAAUUUGCAGAGAAAGGAGAUGAGAAUAAGGUUUCUCUGCUGGGACUCGGGGCAUUGGAGCCUCUCUGUCAGCUCAUCACUCACACCAACAAGCUGAUCAGACGCAAUGCUUUCAUGGCCUUGGGCAUAAUGGCCACCAACGGUGAUAUAAAGAGUGCUCUGAAAAAAAUAGAUGUCAUUGCAUCAAUCAUUGACAAACUGUCACUUGAAGAAGAUAUAGUUGUCCAUGAGUUUGCAACACUGUGCCUGGCCUCUCUGUCAGUGGAUUUUGUCUGUAAGGUCAAGAUCUCUGACAACAAGGGCCUGCCACCUCUAAUCCAGCUCUUAUCCAGUCCAGACCCCGAUGUCAAGAAGAACUCCCUAGAGAUCAUCUUUAACCUGGUUCAGGACCACCAAAGUCGUCUGGCAUUACAUGAGUUGGGAGGGAUCCCUCCACUUCUGGAACUGUUGAAGUCUGACUUCCCUGUCAUUCAGCAUUUGGCUUUAAAAACGCUGCAGAAUGUCACCACUGAUACAGAUACAUGCAACACCUUCAGGGAAGAGCAAGGAUUUGAGAAGCUCAUGGAUAUCCUCAGUAACAUGGACUUCCGUGACCUUCAUGCUGAGACCUUACAGGUAGUUGCUAACUGUUUAAGUGACAGUAAGAGUUUACAGCUAAUCCACAAGGGUGGAGGACUGACAAGGCUGAUGGAGUCUGUUCUCACCCCCAAUUUACCUGAAAUCCAGUCCAACGCUGUUAAAUGCAUCGCCAGGGUUGCUCAGAGCUCUGAGAAUCGCAAACUGCUCCACGAGCAGAAUGUGGAGAAGGUUCUGGUAGAGCUUCUGUCUGUGGCAGACAUCAGCGUGAAAACAGCUACCUGCCAGGCUGUGUCCGUCAUGAGCUUCCACCUAGCCAGCAAAGACAGCUUCAGAGACCUGGAUGGUAUCCCAGCAGUUGUACAGUUGCUGAACAAUGAGAGUUUAGAGCUAAAAGAGGCAGCAACCCAGGCCCUCUCCAACCUCACACAUAGCAACCAGCUAAAUGCAUUCUCUGCAGGAUGCAGUAAAUCUCCCAUCCAUUUCUGUGCUAUCUACAGCGCAGUGUACGAGGCAGGAGGCGAUGAGAUUCUUGUCCAGCAGCUGUAUGGAAGCUGUCGCAGGACGGUGUCAAAUUCUGCUGCCACACUUGGCAACAUGGCAGGACAGGAGGUCAUCCGCUGCAGUAUCUUGUCACAUGGAGCUAUACAGGCUCUGGUGGAGCCCUUACAGUCCACAGAUACACAGGUUCUGAUCAACACCACGCUGUGCCUGUCAGUGCUGGCCUGUGAUACAGAAGCUAGGGCAGAGCUACAAAGUGCUGGAGGCCUUCACCCACUGGUCAAUUUGCUGCGCUCCUAUCACAAGGAGGUGUUGCACCAUGCAUGCUUGGCUAUCAAUGUCUGUGCCAGUGAUGUGAACACCGUUGCGGAGAUGUGCCAAUUUGGAGCCCUGGAAAUGCUUCAGGAAAUCAACCUAUCAGUGAAUCGAAGGAGCCGUUUCAGCGAGUUGGCCAUGAUCAGCCUGCUUAACUUUAACUUGUCUGUUAAAUACAGCCUGACAAGUCACUUGGCCUCCACUGACAUUAUUAGUGAUGGCUUCUAUGAUGUUGGAAAGGCUCGUGCUGGUCAAAGGAUUCAGACUUUAGAGGAACUGUCCAAGCAGCCUGUCAACGAGCACCAGCAAAUCAUUGUUGUCAACACAGCCACAGGAAAGAACAAAAAGGAUGAUAAACAGAAAAAUGAGACCCAGCCUGAGUCUCCUACAGAGAAACCGUGGAAGAUGAUGGAUGACGUCUCAUUACAGCUUCUAGUUAACAAGGCCAAAAAAUUCAUCCUCCCACUGAGUGAUGAACGAGAGCAGUGUGCUGCCUUGGCCAGGCUGGUGAGUGAAGCCAUGGGCGGAGCAGUAGAGAUGGAAAAGUUGCAUGAAUUCCCAUGGGUGCUGCACCUCAGUGAGCUCAAGUUUCAGCUUCGUUCUAAUGUUGUUCCCAUCGGUUUGAUCAGCAGGGGAAUCUAUUGCCACAGGGCACUUCUCUUCAAGUGUCUGGCUGAUUGCAUUGGAAUGAGCUGCACACUUGAUAGGGGUGAGUACAGCCGGGCUUGGAACGAGGUACUCCUCUUCAAUGGGAAUCCCUCCAUGAAUGAGCGCUCCUCACAGCCCUGCCGCUACAUAGUAGACCUCAUGCACCAGCCUGGAAGGCUGCUGACAGCCAAUACCCCUGCUGCUGUGCAAUACCAGACUAUCUAGACCAACACUGUAGUGUAGAAAUACUGCAGUACAUAAUGCUGUGACUGGACAUUUUACUUGGAUGCAUUAUAGAUAUUGAUUUAUAUUGUGUAUGUGCUGUAUGGCAGACCUUAAAACCAUACAAUAAAGUAUUAUUCAAAUA